AAUACAGCCACAAGUUGUACAAUUAACCACCCCCAUUCAGUUUCACUCCCUUCUAUCUCUCUCUCUCUCUCUCUCACUCUCUCUCUCCUCUGCGAAACCAGUAGCCACCAUCUCCACCUCCUCUCUUCAUUGAUUUCUUCAUUAACAGAAUGAAUAAAUCAUUACCAAGAGUCCAAGAAUAGAGGCACAGAGGCGUGGAGCUACGGUGGCUUGGGGGGAGCUGCGGUGGCUCUGGGGAGCUCCGGUGGAGGUGUUGAGCAGAAGCGCGGGAGCUUGGUGAGGAGAGCAAAUAAAAGCUCCGGUCUAUUUUUUCAGUUCUGGGUUCGAAUGGGUUUGCCGAUGUCGAGUUUAGGAUUCGGGAAGGGGAAAAAAAAAAAAGAAGAAGGAAGAAACCGCCUAGCCGCCCGCCCGCCCAGAACUUCCAGACCGCCCAGAACGCCCAGUCGGACGCCCAGGCCGCCUAGGCGGCCGCCCAAAUCCUAUCCGCCUAAGGACUCCGAUUUGCCACUACUCGCCUCGGUCUGCUGCCGCCCGGCGCCUAGGCGGCCUGGGCGGCCGAGUUUUAGAACAGUGGUAUGAAAUAUAUGCAAAAUGAUAUAUGAAAAAGAAAACAGUUGGCGACGUGUCAAAAAUAUACGGCCGGGCGGUUUGGAUCGGGAUAUUUAAGGAAUUGUUGGAGAGUUGAAGCGAAGAAAGAAAAUUGCAAAUUGAAAUCCCUAACCCUAAGGUUGUCGAAAAUUGGGGAUCUGAAUGGCGGCGGCGAUGAGGCUUUGCGUGCGGCGGGGUGCGGCGACGAUGGGUGGAAUGAAAAGAGAAGCGUCGGCAGCAGCGAGCAGGUUUUCAGAAAUAAUCUGGAGAAAUUCUACCACUUCGGAGGAGAAACAUAAGACACAGGUGAGGGAACUUCACACAGAAAGCUUGAGUAAGGAACUUUUGGAGCGGACGUCGCGGAUAAUAGUGGAAGGCAAUCUCUAUCAAUUCCGUGACCGUUCCUAUUCUAGGGAGAGCUGGCAGACGCGGCAGUUAACUACACCAUUCAACCCCUGCAAAUCUUUCGAGGUUUUAGAAUCUGAUCAGUCAAAGUGGCUGCCUCUGGAGCUGCCUCCCUGUGAUCCCGUCGUCCGCGAUGCUCUAUUACCUGAAAUUAACUUUGAAUAUCUAGUAGCCGGUCCCUAUAUCCUUCGUUGGGCUCGGGAGUGUGGCGGAGCUUUGCGGUUUGACGUCACUCGGCCCGAACAAGGAUGGACAGAGGUAGACGUUUCUGAUUUAAGGAAUGCAUUCGAUGAUGCUGAAAUGUUGCUAAUCGAGUUGCGGCAACGUGCCCAUGAGGGUUACCUAAUCUUCGCCUGUAACAGGGGAGGAUAUAGAGCUUUUGACGAAAAGGUUGAGCAAGAGAUACAAGUUGUCCUCUUGUCGCAGGAAUGUGAUUCUUCCAAACUUAUGCAACCUCUGCCCUUGCUGCCACUGUUGCCUGGUGGUUUUGGGAACAUAGCUGAGUGGAGUUUUCUCUAUCUAGGAGGUCAAAAAGUCCAACUUGCUCUCGAUGGCUCUGGAAUCCCCCGGUUGGGUUAUCUACCCUAUGUUAUGCUGAUAAAAUUUGAAUUUGAAAUAAUUGCCACUGAGGAUAGCGAUGUCUUGGAUGUCAAGUGCAGAGUGCUUACUACUAGCCAUCACGCGGUGCAUCGCCAUCGCCAUCCCCACAAGUCGUACCGCCGAAAUUAGCUGCCACAGAUACUUGAUGCCUCAACAGUUCCCUCGUGCGCUAGUACUAUGGAACAGCAUCAAGGAGGCUAAUUCUGUCAACGAUGUCAAGGAAGAAGCUAUGUUUUGGAAUUUCCAGGGUUGUUCUCGGCGGCUAGCACAGGUCUCUGAGGCCAACCUUCCCGUAGAUGUUUUAGGUGUUGCGUUUCUAUAAAUUUAGUGUGCGUUGUGUGCAGUAGAGGGCUAAGCAUGUUGCCUCUUGGCUGUGUGUCCAAGACCCUUAUGUACCUUUAGUGAUGAACUGUUUGGAGGAAUAAGCUUCCGUUACUUCGGGUAAUGUUUAUUUGAAUGUUAUUUGUUAUAUAAUAAUCUGAGAUAUGAACUCCGUCACCGUAUCAUAACCGCUCUUUAUGAGGAGGGUACCUUUGGAAAACAGUCACAGGGCAUGUCUGUGAUUAGAGAUAUAGCUCUCGUUAUAGAAAUGAAACCCUUGUGAGC